CAAGCCAACCUUCUUCUGUCAUUAAAAGAACUCCUGACCCGGAAAAGCAUACAAAGCUUGGAUAUUCACUGGAAUUGCCAUUCAGCAAGCACAAACUCUGAGACCCGGCAUGGAAUACCAUCAAAGGCUUUCUAAUCGUCAGAAAGAAGGCCAACCACGUGCGUAUUGGUCAUGUUUUCUAAUGAAUCGCCUUGUGUCCCAAUGCUGCUGGAGGCCUCAGAUGAUUGACGGCGAGACCGUCCGUGUCAAUUUCCUUCUCCGGAGAAUAUAUUCAUCUUCGACGAAGCAUUCAACGGGCCGAGUUUAAAGGCACUAACAGUCCCUUAUAAUAUUUCUCAUCACGGGAUAACACCAUAUUGUUUUUUUUUUGCAGUUCUUGAUCUAUGGGCACGGGUACUUAUGCGCAAGUAAAGGGAGAUUUUCGAGAAAAUAUCCAUCGCUCCAGCGAUGUGGAAGGCCGUCUCAGUCAGCUGGAGCAGAAAAUCGAAAGUUAUAUGGCUCGCUGCCUCCUGCCAUGCAGUGGACCAGACAAAACAGAACAAUAUUCCGACCCGAGAAUCAAGAAGCGCUAUUUGUCAAUUUGCACUUCCUGCUUUGUCAUGCGAGAUGUGUGAUGUAUCAAGAGUACAUUCCG